GCACCAACCAUGUGUCAUUUGAAGAGCAGUAUUUAUAUUACCGCAACCAUGCACUGAUUCACACCAUUCUAAAUCUAAUUUCUAAUUCUAAAUUCUGAAUUCUGAUUCUUCUUUUGAAAAUAAUUAAUUAAACUAUUUUUGAAAAUGAAGAAAUCCUUCCAAAAUUUAAUCGUUGUGUUUUUGUUGUUUUGUCUUCUUUUUCUUUCCUGUUCAACAUCUGCUCGUGUCCUACAUCUUCAUCAACCUCCUGUUCUCCAAGAUAACUUAGAAUUGAAGGUGAAGGAUAGUGAUAGUAGUGUUGCUACAAACUCUGAGGAUAUAUCCAAUCUGAUGGGAUUAGAGGAGAAUGAAGCAUGUGGAAAUAAAGGAGAGGAAUGCAAUUCUGAAAGGAAACUUCUUGCAGAGGCUCACUUGGAUUACAUAUACACCCAAAAUCUGGGUAGCCCUUGAAAUUAAUUAAUUUUUUUUAAUUACUUAAUGCAAAUUAAAGUGGUGGCAAGCCUGAAUGUAACUUAAUAUAUAUGAGUUGCUUAAUGCAAACUGGAAGAUAUGAUAAUUUACGAUAUUUGACCUUUAUAUACAAAACAUGUAUUAGAAUUUUGUAGCCAAAAUAUAAGACAAAAAAAUGCCAUCUAAACUCGAUGGCAUUUUAUGUAACCUUCAUAAUACAACUAUAUAUUUAUUAGUAGUAAUUUUUCGAAAAA